AUGGAAGUCUCUUCAAAGAAAAGGGAUGAGCUAUACCCAGCCCAACAGAACAUCAGCAGCAAUUUUUCCGCAAAGACAAACGCAAUUCGAAGUCUGUUGAUACUGACUGUGCUCUUGUCGUUUUCUCUUAUCGGAAAAUCGUUUCAAACCAUUGACACAGCCAUAUUCUACACGUCAGCCGACCCGGGAGGUCCAGAAAUCAGAAGUCCGCAAGAUGAGGAAUCAUUGAAUGUGUCAGCUGUUGGGGAUGCGAGCAAGGAUGGCAGCGUUCAAACCGAUGUAUCGCGCAAAAUGGAAACGACUGAUAUUAUUAUCAACGAUGACACUGGCGCCCAAAGCACGCCUCCUCCAAAAGCCUUGGAAUCAGCAAACUCACCAACUGUGGAGUCGUUGAAUGUUUUAGCUGUUGGGGAUACGAACAAGGAAGACAGCAGUAUUCAAACCGAUUUUUCACGCAAGACGGAAACGCCUGAUGUUGUCAACGAUGACACUGCCGCCCAGAGCACGCCUUCCCCAAAAGCCUUGGAAUCAGCGAACUCGCCAAAUGAAAGAAUUGCGAUUGUAAUGCGAGUCAUGGAUCCAGUCAAACCUAAUGUUCUUGACAGGCUGAUACAGGUUGCUGAAACACUCCAAAAGGAUGAAUUCAAGAAUUACGACUUUCAUAUUAUGGUUGAUCAAACGAGGCAAAAAAUAACCACAACCGAAAGGCUACAAGCCUAUUUCGGAUCCAAAAAUGCCACACAUCUGAAAGCCCCGAAUGUGUUUAGUGUGACCGAGAAGAUGAUUCUCGACGAAUUCCCGAAACUAGCCGCUGGAUAUGUCAAAGGACCUUUGGUAGAUGGUGGACCUGGAACAUGUUGUGGCCAACCCCUUAUGUGGCAACUAUUGAUGCCAACUUUUGUGACAUUUGUGCACUACCAUCAAGAGUAUGAUUACACAUGGGUCUUUGAAGAUGACCUUUGGUCGAUUGGAAAACCAAUUGUCGAAUUGCUUCGCAAUCUUGAUGACUCAUUGCAAGGAAAGAACGCAUCUUUGUGUGGUGCUAAAAUCGCCACGAACGGUAUUCCUUAUACAAAGAUGACAAAAGAACGUCACACCUUUUCAUAUCGCGAAAUCUUGAUGGCCAUGAAGGCUACUGGAUGGCAACAUCGAAAUCGAACACUUUUGAGGAUGGAUGGGCAAAAACGAUCGCGUGUCUGGAAUGAAUGGGGAGAGAACGAAUUACCUGUGUGGACUUGUAUGUCCGACACACUCUAUCGGCAUUCGAGAGACUUUGGAAACUAUGUCUAUAAUAUGGUAAAGGCCAAUGUCUAUCAGUUCGCCGAGUGCUACCAAAUGCCGCUAGCGUGGUACGGAGGAUUCCGAAUUGCAGAUAUCAAAAGAGUUCUUCCCAAUGUUGAAGACGAUUACGCUGAUGGAAGAAAAGAUGAACCAGGCAUACAUGUCAAGUGGGAAGACGUUGCAUACAACAGAAAGUUGAUAGUCGAACAAGCCGAGGUCAAAUUCCGAGACUAUCAAACGACAACAAAUGCGUCUGCUCUUAUUUACCACGAGAACUUUAUGCCUCCCAGUGGAGAUGAAUUCCGAACGAAACGUGAGCAUCCCAAGCUUUGCUCACUCGAAUUCGACUUCCGAAAUGACAUUACAGUUCCAACAGAGUGCGAGAAGACUCUACGAACAGCAGCAAUGAAAAAUGCAACGGGUGUGAUUUUCAUUGGGAAUAAUCCAGUCUUCAGGAUCUUUCAAAACUUUCUAAAAUCAAAGAAGCAUCCAUUCUCAAUCCUUUUGGACGAUGACAACAACGCGAAAAAGAACAAGCACUAUUAUCGUUAUCCACCAGUGGACCACGAUGGAUUUAUAAAGAAAGCAGGCCAGCUACGGCUACGGAAUGAAAUAUUUCAUACGAUCGUUGGGAAGGGAAUCUGUACAAGAUGUCGUCAGUCCAAGCUGCGAUCAACAUCCAAGAAUCUCACAAUGGAAAGUCUAGUGGUGGAGACCUCUCGUGACUACUUCUUCCCGACCCAGACAACAGAAACAUCCCAAGAAACGGUUGCCAAAUGGAUAUCAGAGCACUAUCACGAACAUGAAAAAACAGUAUGCAUCGUCCAAAUAAAUGGUGCUGAGAUGAUUAAGGCACCGAAACGAACAAAAUCGGAAUUUUUGGAGAAUACGAAACAGUUUCAUGAAUUGCUGAAACCAACUUGCGGGACAAUCAUUAGAUUUGGCAUUCUUCCACAUUGGUCUACGCGGAGCUCGGAAGAUUUAGUAUCCUGGGACGAAGGUCUGCGAGACCUAGUGCUGGAUGACAGCACACUCAACGGAUACUUCAUCGACGUCAGCCGUGUGAAAAAGGAUGAAUCGAACAAUCGAUAUGGGAAACCGCUAUGGGAGAUGUUUAUUAGGCUAAUGGGUCUAUCGUUGGCUGAUUUUGGUGUAAAGGUACUAUAG